AUGCCUUGCACAUUCUCUACACAGAAGAGGGCUCAUCUUGCCCAUCAGGCGCCGCCGGCGGCUGCGACGUCCUAUUGGUCGUCCUCGUUUCCGAAAGACGUCACCAUCAAGCUGGCCGAGCGCCUUGUGACCGACAACGACAUCGACUGCUACAUGGCUUUCCGCGCCGUCUGCCACAACUGGCGCACUGAGACCACCAACCAACCUGGGAAGGUGGACGAUCCCACCGACCCCACCCGCUUCCAGCCAACCAAGUGGGCACUGCUCGACAAGCAGGAUGACCGCGUCACGUUCGUGGAUGUCGACGCCGGCCGGUUCCUCCGCAUGAGCAUCCCGAUCCUCCGCAGCUACCUCUUCGUCGGCGCCACGAGCGGCGGCCUCAUCCUCCUCGGGGAGAAAGAGGAGCCCCACCGGGCUUGUCUGCUCAACCCCUUCACGGGCGCCAUCGCCCACUUCAAGGUGAGAGCACCCGCGGAAGGGGUGAUGGCGGUCGCGGUGACCACGAAGCCGCUGAUGGUCUUCGUCUCCCUAGAGGAUGGUGACAUCAUAUGGGCGGACCAGAGUAGCGAGCACUUCAAGCGCUAUAACCUGAUGGACUCUGACAAGCCUACACUGAUAGCUGCCUUCGACGGCGAUGUGUACGCCAGCGAUCCGGACGGCGCGAUUUUCAUGUCGAUUAUUGAUGAUGUCCCUGAUGGGGAAAAAUGCCGGUCUGCGGCGAUAAUCUGGAUGGGCGCCACCAUUCCUAGCCCUAACAACAAUGCUAGUCCCGACGCAAGUCCUGAAGCAGAUCCAGGGAGUAAAGGCAGAUAUUAUCUGGUGCAAUCUGGGGGAGAUCUGCUGCUCGUGACCAGGCCAUUGGAUUGUGUUGCUGAUCAGCCUUUGGUUCAUAGGGUGGACACCAAACGGAAUGUGCUUGAGCCGGUCAAUAGCAUCGGCAGUCGUGCCAUCUUCGUCAGCCAUGUCAGGUGCAUCUCCAUCAACGCCGACAAGUUCCGGGGCAUCAAAGGUGGCUGCAUCUACUUUGUGGAACCGCCGAUCCUAGCUCAAGACGAUUACGCACCUUCAACAAUCACCACUUAUCAAGUUGCUGCCGGGCCGCAAGCUGGUCUUAUCAUGUUUGAGGAAGGUAUCCUUGAAGGCUGCUUCCGUCCGUUCACAAUCACCCAAGUCUUUGCAGAUUACUGCAGGUCUGUCCACUACCAUGAACUCUACCAACUGAUCUUCAGUGACUGGGAUUGGGACUUCACCGACUCCGAAUCUGACGAAACAUCAUCCUAUGGAUCUGAUUACGAAGCAGCAUUAUGGGAACUUGAAGAGGCAGCUGAAUUCUUGGGAAUUAAUUAUGAAGCUGAGGAGUGA